AUAGUUUGUCUUAAACUAUAUAGCAGAAUUCAAUCUCUCAACUUUAAAAAAACUUUCAACUUUCACAUUUUCUGUAAAUGAAAUCCGGUUUAGAAUUACAAAUGGAAGAAUGUUCGAACAUAUAAAGCUACAAAAGUGUAAACUACCUAAAAUGGAAAAUUAGAGUCGACUAAUUGAGAAAUUAAUUGUCUAUAAAUAGUAAAUAAAUAUGCUCAGCCCAUAUGAAAAGAUCUUCCUUAUUAUCACAAGAAGAAAAGAAAAGAGAAACUUAUUGUAGCAGUUGAACUAUAAAACUAACAGAGAAGAAAAAAAAACAGAGCAACGAGUCCAACAAAACACGAACUGUGUCUUCUAUCUAUCUCAUUGGUCCUCUUCUUCUUCUUUCUACUUUCUUGUUUCUUGAUCCUAGAAAAAUGGCUCUGAACAGAGUGUGUUCCGAAGAUUUCAGCUUUCCAUUGCUCACUUCCCGAGUUCCCCGCAUCGGUUCACCUCCACUGUGGAAACCCUCGCCGGAGAGAGGUUUGGCGAGACCAGUCAUCGGAAAGGACGGUGAUAACGAUCUGUCGAAGAGCUUCUCUUAUGUGGAAAGAAGGAGAAGUCUUUGGAGUGAUAAAGCAGAGGAGAAAAUGGAUAUGUUGUGGGAAGAUCUUAACGAAGAACUGCCCCCGAGGAGAAGCCAGAGUCUUAGGAACGAGCUCAGCGGAGAUGGUGGAGAGAAGAAGAAAGCGUCUUUGUUAAUCGACGAGAGCUCCGCCGUGGCCGUGGGGUGCGGGAUGAAGUUAACGAAGAAGACGCAGCCGAAGAAGAAGAAAGGUCCGAACGUGUUGGUGUUGAUGAGGGUUUUAAAGAAGCUUCUUGUUUUACGAAGUUCGUCUCAGAGAUCGCCGGCGAAAACUCAUCCGCGGUGAAUGCUCUCACCGUGAUAACUUUGAAUUGAGGGGUUCUGUAGAAUUCAAAAGCUACGUGUCUUUUGUGGAGAUUGAAACUUUAAUUGUCCCAAAAAAAAAGUAAAACAAAUGAAUUUAGAAGGUAAAAAAAUUGAAGAGGGUUAGAUAGAAUAAGAGGGUGAGAAGAGAAUAGAGCUAAUAGUAUUUUUUUUUUUGUGUUUCACAUAAAGGUAAAUUUUAUAAAGUUUGCAUUAAGUUUGGUUAUUUUAUUUAUGAUUUUACCGCCAGAAUACAUUAGAGUUUUAUUUGAAGGAUUCUAUGCCAUACUCUGCCUUUUCUAUGCGAUAUUUUGUAUCACUAAUAAAUUUGUAAUCCGAAAGAUUGCAUACCGUUUCAAGUAAUUUCUCUAAUCUGUAGGAUACAAAUAUACGAUCAUUUGAUACAGAUUUUGAUGAUACAAGAUAAAGACGCACAAUGGCAGUAUAUAUAUAACAAAACAAGAGUGAUACAUCUCUGCAUCACCAAAAUUGAAGUGUAUCACUUCCUUACUAUAUGCAAAUAAAAUUGAAGUACAUACAGUAAGAACCUUUAUACAAUGAGAUAUGACCAUAUGUCUUUUAUUCCUUCGCGAUGGCCAUGAAUCAUAUUCAAGAAUCAAAAACUAUAAUUGAGAUUUUUCCAGAAUUGAUGCGAGAUGGGAAGAGAACCAAAAACUACUCUGUUAUUAAUGUGUUAGUUUGCAUGAUAACUAUAUUAGUUUAUAUACAGAAGAAUAUAGCCUCAUCUCAUGUACUUUUUUUUCUUAUCAUCGAUUGCACAGGGAACAAGAAUUGUAUUGGUUUGCUUCUUCUAUCACAUGGGAUCAAGUGCGAGUGAGAAACCUCAUGGUGACAUGGAAUGAGUUGAUUUUGUUCCCACAAGCCAUACCUCAUUUCUACAAGUGAUCACACACAAAGCCUCUGAUUGGAGCAUUAACUUUGUCGCGUCUGUGGUGAGCUGCAGGAAACGAAGAAUCACUUAUUAUUUCCCGGUCCAGACACCUAUACGGUUUGGACAAAGACAACAGAUUCAUUUCUACCAAGAACAAAAACCCUGACUGGAGUAUCACCAACACAAUGCUCCUAUCUCUCGUCGUCGAUCAGCUACUAUUACAUACUUCCUUCUUUUUAUUUCCAUCCAUGCUGUAAUUCACAGUAUUAGGCAUGACUGAAAUUAACAGUCGGAAAUAUAACGGUUUCUCUUGCAGUAUCCAAGAACUCACUCGCAUUAUCGAUAAGAUGACAUGAAUAGACUCUUCUCUUUGCGGUCCAAAAACAUGGCCCUUUACAACACCAUGAUGAUAAGAACAACUUAAUUACAACAUUAGAUUUUGCAACAUUUAAAAUCUUUCUGUAUUAUAAACAUUUUUUUCUUCUGAUAAACAAAUUUAAGAUUUCAACAAAAAAAAAGUGUGCAACUUUAUCAUAUAGUUUUAAGGUAAAAUUAUAUUAAUUAAUAUAAAGAAUAUCUCAAAUUGUUUCUCAGUUAUAUAAUAAAUUAUAUUUUUAUAAUUACUGGUGUUUUCUAUAUAAAUUCAAAUGACAUUUUUAAUAAUUAUAUAUAAUAUAAAGUUUGAUUGUUCAAAGACCAGUAGAAAUAAAAACAAAAAGAAUGAAGAGGAACAAAAUGUAAAGAAAACAUGAAAUACAAUUUUUUUUUAAAUAGUAAUAAAAUAUUUAUGUAGAAAUAACUUUUGAAAUAAAAAUAACUUAUUCAUCUCGUUAUUUUCGUCACCACUCAAAAAGUUAAGAAAUCGACCGGCCCGAUUCCUUUACCUACUCUCCGAGUCCGACUCUCGAGUGACCAUUCCCAAGUCCCAAUCGCCAAACGACGCGAAUCUUCAAAGCCCGGGUUAGAAUUCAGCUUCGGGUUUCCCUAAACCGGUUCCGAAUUUCUCACUCUAUCUGACUCUUCAGAACUUAAAAAAUCACAACCCGCGAAUCGCAAGUGGGUCGGGUCAUUGAAAAAAAUUGAAGCUUUUGUCUCCUUUCAGUCUCUCUCUGUGACGCCUCUUCUCUCGUUGACUCCAUUUUGCUCCUCCUCCUCCUAUCUGACACCUCUCAG